AUGGCUCUUUCUUUGCCCUUCACAUACGAUGCACCCUCGCAUAUCCUCCAAACCUUCAUACCCCAAUCCUCCCGCGAUGCCUACCUCGCCAUCCGCGCCUUCAAUGUUGAUGUCGCCCGAGUGGCCGACACCACGAGCACACCCACAAUUGGCAUGAUGCGCAUGCAGUUCUGGCGGGACACAGUCACCAAAGCCCUAGCAGGCACACCACCAAAAGAGCCUGUAGCCAUCCUCCUAGCCCAGGCAGCCGAGCAACUACAUGAACGAUCAGCAGGCAAAGCACGUCUAAGCAAGAAUUGGUUCCACCGCAUCAUCAACACUCGAGAACAACAUCUGGGCAACCCCCCAUACCCAACCCUGAGCGCACUGGAAAGCUAUGCAGAGAACACAUACUCGACUAUGCUAUACCUGACACUAUCAGCCCUUCCCCAAGCCUCACUCACCACCGACCACAUCGCCUCCCACAUCGGCAAAGCAAUGGGCAUAACCGCUGUUCUACGCGGCAUACCACUCAUCGCAUUUCCACCCCAACAGCCUCUCGGCACCAGCAACUCCAUGACAGGCCAAUCCGGCCCCACGCAGGGUGCCGUGCUCCUCCCGCUUGACGUAAUGGCCGAAGCAAACGUACGCGAAGAAGACGUCUUCCGUCAAGGUGCCUCAGCCCCCGGCCUCCGCGACGCUGUCUUCACAGUCGCAACCCGCGCAAACGACCACCUCAUCACCGCUCGCGAGAUGCUUUCCAAGCUGCGCUCCGAAGGUACCCUAGGCCACGACUUUGAACACCAGCACGAGGAGGAACAUGUAUAUAGCGCACAGCAGUUGAACACGGGUCAGGAAACACAGUUGGCAGAGGUGGAACAAGCAUUUGGCGUUUUUAUGCCGAGUAUAGCGACGCAGAGCUGGUUGGAUAGGUUACAGAAGGUAGACUUUGAUGUUUUCGAUCAACGGCUAAGGACAGUAGAUUGGAAAUUGCCCGUUAAGGCGUAUUGGGCGUAUAGCCGGAGGAGGAUUUGA